AUUGGUUCGGCUGUUUCCUAAACACAGAAAACAUCUACAGCCAGUUUCCGUCAAGCAGCUGCUCGCUAUAGACGCAAAAGCAGCCUAAAACCGUGUUUUGAGACUAUAGCGCACCUGCAAAUAAUGGGAAGGAGUGUUGUGCACUCUUAUACCGCUGUCAUCUGUGUGUUUGUCGCUCAGGCCCGUUAGGCUCGAGUCUGUUAGCGUUAGCCGCUUGGAGCUGUCGUUCACACUCGCGGGGGCAAAAUGGUGGUGUUGUUGAAUCCAUUGGAGAAUCUAAAGAUCUACAUAAGUAGCCGUCCACCGCUGGUCAUUUUUAUGGUCAGCGUCAGUGCUGUGGCUAUCGCUUUCCUCACUAUAGGAUACUUCUUUAAGAUCAAGGAGAUUAAAUCACCUGAAAUGACUGAGGAUUGGAACACCUUCCUUCUCCGAUUCAACGAGAUUGACUUUUGCAUCUCAGAAAACGAGACCCUCAAGCACAGCUUGAAUGAGUCCAUCACUCCAGAGAGCACAGUGACCAGCAGUCAAACGCGAUCCAGCACCCAGUCACCACCCCUGCUGGAGGACCUGGGUCUGAUCAACAUCUCUGUGCCCAUCACAUUGACACUGGAUCCGCUGAGGCCAUUUGGGGGCUACUCACGCAAUAUUACCCACCUUUAUGCCAGUGUGCUUGGGCAGCAAGUUGGCCUUGCUGGCAGAGAGGCCCAUGAAGAGAUGAACAUCACUUUCACUCUGCCGGUAGCCUGGAACUCAGAUGACUGCGUUCUGCAUGGUCGUUGUGAGCAGAUGGUCUUCAGCACCUGUCUGACCAUCACAGCAGCAAGUAAUGUCUUCCCAGUCACAGUGCAGCCGCCUCACUGUGUCCCAGAGACCUACAGCAAUGCCACUUCCUGGUACAAGAUUUUCACCACAGCACGAGAUUCAGACACGAAGUACACACAGGAGUACAACCCGUUCUGGUGUUACAAAGGUGCCAUUGGGAAAGUAUAUCACACACUGAAUCCCAAGCUCACUGUCAUCGUUCCAGAUGACGAUCGCUCUCUCAUUAACCUACACCUCAUGCACACCAGCUACUUCCUGUUUGUGAUGGUCAUCACAAUGUUCUGCUAUGCAGUCAUCAAGGGCAGGCCAGGCAAAGUUCGACAGAACAACCCAGAUUUCUGUCCAGAAAAGGUGUCCUUGUCUGCGGGAUAAAUGGGCUUGAAGGUGGACAUCUGAACCGAAGCAUAUCGGAAAGGGAAGUGAGAAAACUACAUGUUGCCUACUGAACCCAGGAGAAGGGUGCAAAAAAAAAAAGCUCUGUGAAUGCAUUACUCUGCAAUGUUGGGACACUCCAACCAAAGAUUUUUAAGUGCCUGUAUCUACUGUGUAAAUAAUUAUAGGACUCUUAAUUCAGUACAGAAGCAGUCUGCCUGAGCUUCCCCCUGCACCCUGUGCCAUCCUCUAUAUGUUCAGUAUAUCCCGUAUCAACAGAGGACAGUGACUGACUAGAGAUGUUCAGAUGGGCAAUAUCACCUCCACUAAAUCCGAUCUCUUUUCACGCUCGCUCUUUGUGUUCUUGAUCAAAACCCUUCCUGUUUGAUUUCUCUGGAAGUGACCUUUGCCUUGUCAUUCCUCUCGUCUCUUUGUCUUAGCCAACCCUUUCAUAUGUGUCCAGUGCAGAUUCUGCAGUGGUAUCUUUUGAUUCCUCUUUGAGGACAGGAAGAUGUGUGGAUCUCUGCCAUGUACCGUGAUCUUUGGACGAGUUCUACUAGAGAUAACCGCUGACUUCUGUAUGACACGCUGCUUUUAUCAUCGGAACCCACUGUGGUUUUAUUGUAAACAUGUCUGAAUGAGAUACCUGAGUGGAAGUUGACACAGCGCUUGAUUAAAUUCCUCUUAAAAGCAAAUAAAAACAUAAAACAUCUUACUCUGAAUGUCACCGUGUUAGUGAGUCGAGAUAAGACGCCUGCUCUUGGAUCGAUGGAUUUGUUUGUUGAAAUCUGAAUUAACACAAUGAUUAAUGGCUUUGGCUUCAUGUUUCUGAACACUUCAAAUGAAUGUAUUUGUAAAAUCAGCAAAUUAUCAGUCUCUUGUACAUUUAACAUUGUAGUUUAAAAAAUGUAAAUCAUUACUGUAGAUAUUUUUUGUAAUCACAUUACCGGUCUUCGUUUUCCAGUUUUGUUUUUAAAAAACCAUUUGUAACCUUUCUCUACCAUCCAAUGUGUUGCCUUUUUUUAUUGUUUUGUUUCAUGCCUCAUUUGAUACGCAUGUUUUUUUUUUAAAUCUUAGUGCAAUGUCUGACCUGUCUUUUUGCCUUCCAAAUCUUAUUUUGUUAUUCUUAUUGUCAUUAGGUUUUCAUUUCCACCCAAUGACAUGCAUAUCAUCAUCAUAUCGCAUGAGACAUAUAACAA